UCUUCCGGCCUAUGCUACUAUGUUUUCUAUCAUCGUGUUAUUGAUAGGGAUUCAUCAUGUCUACGAAAGCGAGGCUGUUGCUGCCUUGGCUGUCCUCAAGGGCAUUUUUUACCUGACGUCAGCUGCUACGAUUUCCAUUUCAAUAACAAACUUCGCAUCGGAGGGAUGUGCAUUCUAUCCUCAAAUAUGCAGUUUAAAGGAUAAAAUUAAAGUCAAGGAACCACAAGUUGAGGCAAUUGCUGCCGGUCUAAAAGAUGACGCUGCCCUGCUGAGAGAAAUGGACGGUGUGAACACGGCGUUGUACAACACUCUUAAUUCGGCCAAUGUCAAGAAUGAACGAAUUGUAGGCAAAUUAGAGAUGAUUCGGGAUUAUUCGGCCGAUAUCGUUCAAUUACUUGAAACAGUGGCUGGUAUAGAGGUGACGAACAUCGAUCCCGACCAGAUGGAUACAGACGUUAACGCUAUCCAGACGAACAUUAUAAGUGUGCAAUCAUCAAUUAAAAGCUUGGAGGAGCAGAUGAAACAGUACAAAUACAUACACGGGGCAUUCCUGGCGAUUGAAAUUCUCCCAAAGGCGAUUUAUUUCGCUAAUAACCGAUACAAAUGGUACCAAAAUAAGAAAAUGAUGACGGGACUUGACACAACAAACUUUCAGAGAGCUAAGAUUCAAAAGCUUCAAACGGCACAGGCACAGACAGGAGGAAGAUUGGGAGCACUUAAUACAUACUUGAAGAGCCAUCCUAAAGUGGCAACAGGUCUGAAAGUGGCAGCUUAUGGAAUGGGAUUUCUGAUGAACGGUGCUGUGCUAUACUUUGAAUUCUCGACAAUGGAGCAGACACGUGACAGUUUCCAAGCGAUCGUUGACCAGAUGGAUGACAUCAUUGAAUCUGCAGCUGAGACUAGAGAAGUAUUAGAGGCAAGCCUUGAUACUGAGGAAGAGGCAGCGAUAGACUUAGGGGCGAACUAUAUCCAGAUUAAGGAGGGUUUCGUGAACAGCAGCGCUUUUAUGAAUGAAAUAAAGACGUAUUCAGGCGAUUACUACAGCCAGAGCAUAACAGAUCUACCAAGUUAUACGGACGAGAACAUUAACGACGAGAACAUCAUUGCUUCCCAAGACGAAUAUAUCGACUGGCUUAUAGAACAAGAGGAACAUUUACAGUCGUUGUUUGAUCGUCUAUCCGCACUGAAAUUAAUCGAACAAAUGCUCGCCAUCGAGGCUUACCAAACACCCAUCUACAGCUUGGUUGCAGUUGGACAAUCACACGAUACCACCUUGACGAGGGAGACUGUUAUUCAACUGAUUGCGGACACAAAGACGAAUGUUAAUGUUUGGCCCGACUUUACCGAAACUUUUCAGUUCAUUAUGGUUGAUCUAACAGCAUACCGCGACUGAUUGCUAAUUUGAGAGAAAUAUCAACUAUUUUGCACAACCACGUAUGGCUUAGUUUGACUAGCGUUCAAUUUGGAAUCUCAUCCGGAGCUUAAUCCACUCCUUAAUAGUCAUAGAAGAGUAUGAAAACAUUAACUAUUACGAUUAUGGCUCAACUUUUGACAUUUGUAAUACUAACAUUUCAAACCCUAAGUUAUUGGUUAUUAUAAUUUUGAAAAGGACA